UGGCGCUGGAAUCCCUCCCCGCCUUACUGACUGUCACAACUCCUCCUGUCUCGGCCCUCUUCUUCCUCUUCGGUGGAGCACCUCCGCACUCAUGCGAAACGCGUUUUAAAUCCUUUUUCUAUUUUUGUAACACACACAACGGGAACAGCCGAAAAGAUAUUUACACUAGCGAGUCUUUUUGAGGACUUUUUCGUCGUCGGGUAAAGAGGCGAGCAGAUGUUCGAGGGGAGGUUGAUCGAGGAUUACCACGGCAAAAAGAGGAUUCCAAAUUGGGAAAACGUCUCCUGAGUGGUCACUAACAACCAACGCCGGGCGCGUCUGAUUGGGUCAGAUUCUGGACUAUCUGUAGUUUGACCGGUCGGUCUGGGGUUUCCUUCUGUCAGCCAUGUUGGAGCGAGAAGAGGAAAUCACCGUCAGCCUGGCAUCAAUGGAUUUUAACUUGUGUCGACGGGGAACAAUGGAGGCAGCUUUCGGACAUCAGCAAAGACUUAUGGGAUAAAUUCAGUGAACUGAAGUCCCGCAAUGCAUUGCUCGUUGAGGAAGAAGCCGCCCACGCGAGGCUCGAACUUCUCGGCCAUCGCCGUGCCCUCCAUGCACGGCUCGGGCUACCUGGACUACAUGGUGGAGAGUCACGCCUCCAAGGCGCUGAAGAUCAUGGAUGAGUUCAGGAGGCAGGAGAUGCUGUGCGAUCUGGUGCUCCGCGUCACCAACAAGGACAGGACCAUAGACUUUAAGGUGCACAAGAUGGUGCUGGCCUCGUGCAGCCCCUACUUCCGGGCCAUGUUCACCAGCAGUUUCAAGGAGUGCCAGGCCUCCGAGGUCACCCUGCGCGAUGUCUGCCCCCAAGUGCUGGGGAGGCUCAUUGACUUCGCUUACACGUCGCACAUCAUCGUGGGCGAGAAGUGUGUGCUGCACGUACUCUUGGCUGCCAUGAGGUUUCAGAUGGAGGACGUGGCCAAGGCGUGCUGCGACUUCCUCACCAAGCACCUGGAGUCGUCCAACGUCAUCGGCAUCACUCGCUUCGCCGAGGAGCUCGGAUGCGCCGACCUGUACCAGUGUGGCCGCGAGUACAUCAACACGCACUUCAGUGAGGUGACGAAAGAAGACGAAUUCUUCAGUCUUUCUCACUGCCAGCUGCUGGAACUCAUCAGUCAGGACAGCAUCAAGGUGCUGUGCGAGUCUGAGGUUUACAAGGCAUGUACAGACUGGGUGCGCUGGGACAUGGAGAAUCGAGCCCAGUACCUUCAUGCCCUCCUGAACGCGGUCCACAUUUACGCCCUUCCGCCCAAGUUCCUCAAAAAUCAGCUUCUGUCCUGCCCCAUCCUCAGCAAGGCCAACGCUUGUAAGGACUUCCUGUCGAAAAUCUUCCAGGAUAUGGCGCUGAGGAAGGUUCCUCCAGCACCCAUACGUGGAACACAACUCAUCUAUGUGGCCGGCGGAUACAGGCAGCAUUCCCUGGCCACCAUGGAGGCUUACGACCCCGUCCGGAAAGUGUGGCUCAAACUGGCCGACAUGCCGGCUCCCAGCAGCGGCCUUGGGGCUUGCACGCUCUUCGGCCUGCUCUACACCGUGGGCGGCAGGAACCUGUCGCUGGAGUGCAUCACCGACUCCAGCGCGUUAUGCUGCUACAACCCUAUGACCAACCAGUGGAGCCAGCGCGCACCCCUCAACGCGCCCCGCAACCGGGUGGGGGUGGGCGUGGUGGACGGCUGCAUCUACGCCGUGGGGGGCUCGCAGGACUCCACGCUGCACAACACUGUGGAGCGGUGGGACCCCGAGACCAAUCGUUGGUCCUUCGUGUGCCCCAUGCCGGUAGCCCGCCUGGGGGCCGGGGUGGCGGCCUGUGGGGGGGCGCUGUACGUAGUGGGCGGUCUGGUCGGGCAGAGCCGAUCCAACACGGCCGAGAAAUACCAGCCGGACACCAACACCUGGCACCCGCUGGCGCCCAUGAGCACUGCACGCAGCGGACUGGGCCUCGUGUGCGUCAACGCUCACCUGUACGCCAUCGGUGGCUACGACGGAUUCAACCAGCUGGCCACGGUGGAGCGCUACAACAUAGCCCGGAACACGUGGGAGGCCCGGACGUCCAUGCAGUGCUGCCGGAGCACGCACGGCGUGGCUGUGCACCAGGGGUGCAUUUUUGUGCUAGGAGGCUUCAACCAGCAUGAUUUCGUGUCCACUGUGGAAUGCUACUGCCCGGAGAGGAAUGAGUGGACGUACAAAAGCGACAUGUUGCUGGGGCGUAGCGGCAUGGGUGUGGCCGUCACCAUGGAACCGUGUCCAGCCAACCUGCCUCCAGAGGAGGACGAUGACGACGACGGCGGCUGACGGACGACCACUGACGGACACUUUUGUAAAUGGACGCCUCAGACAAACGUAAUGUGGAUUAUUGCAGGUGGACACUUUUUUUUAAUUCUUUUUUUUUUUUUUUUUUUCUAACCGUGAACUCACGACUAACAAUGUGCUACAACAACUCCAGAUAUGCCUUGAGAUGCGAGUUUAAUUUGUUCCAUGACCACACUCAUCGCAAAAUAUUUUUCUCCAUUGAAAUUAAUGAAAAUGCUAUUAAUCCAUUUCAUCCUACCUCCCCCCCCAGAAAAAAGAACAAACAUUUUUUUGAGAACAAAAACAGCACUCCAUAACAUUGUAGCAUAUAAAACAUACAUUAAUGACACAAUUAAAUACAAUAAUUAUAGUUAUAGUUAUAGUCACACUUUGCAUCAAUUGAAUGACCAUUGUGCCUUGGCCACCAAGGGGCAGUAAAAGAUGGUCAGACGGAAAUAUUGUAUAUCUGUACAGUCUAGAUGUCUCAGCUCCUCGUAGAGGAUAAAGAAUAUAUGACUGUGUUCCGUGAUGGUGAAUGUGUAAAUGUGUUGCUGCAUCGUUUGUGUUUAAAUAUCAGUACUUAAAGGGUUAUACGUUUCCCAUCAUGUGUUAGCAUUAGCAUUAAUCUAGCGGACGAAAGGCUAAGAUAUGAAUGGAAAUGCAAUUACUCUGUUCCAGUCCUCUCAAAGAAACAUUGUACUCAACGUUAUUGUACUGUAUAAAAACACAGUAAUAACAUUGGCUCUCCACAUAACCCACAAACACGGAAAAUCACAAGCCAAUACACCAAAAACAGCUGUACCGAAUGGAUUGUCCUUCGCGUUGUUCGUCUUCUGUGGGGUCAAUUGGCACUUUGCAAACCAGCCCAUGGGCGCAUUACUGCCACCAAUUGGUAUUGUCCUUCUACUGCCAGUAAGACAAUAUGAAUUGAUAGUGGAUGUUGUGAAGUGUGCUGGCGGCGGGGGUUCGUAUUUAGUUUGUAUCUCAAGACAAACAAGUUGGUCAAGCGACGGACCGUGUCGCAAGUCUCUGCACUCGUAUCUCAAGACACCACUGUAAUCUAUACCGGGGCCGGCUCGCCCAUAGGGCGAGAUUAGCAAAUGCUUAGGGCGCCGUGGCCUCUCGGGGUCCCCCCGAAAAAAAUAAAUAAAAAUCGGGUAAGGAUUCACAUUCAAUAUACAGUAAUUAUAUUAAACCAUUCCUAUUAACUUUUCAUUUGAAAUUAGUAUGUUUCAACUUUACGGAAAGGAAAAUCGGUAAACUGAAAUUCAUGUAAACAAUUAAUGAAAUGAGUCAAGAGGAUCCGUGGGAAAUAGUUUGAAAUCGGCGUUCUUGCCCGGAGCGUUACAGCGACACACCCAGCUACCGAUGAUCACAACUCUGAUGUAAGCAAAUGUCGCUAGCAAGUACAGAAUAGGACAAAGAGGCUUCGUAAAGGUACGUUUGCAGUGGAACGCUUUGUCCACAACUGAAUCAUCCACACGAGCCCAAACGGUUAAGGCUCUCUUUCUUUUAGACCGAGAGACUCGUUAAGCUGUUUUUUUGUGUGGAGCACGCAACGAGCUUGAUUUGCAUUGAAUUCACUCUUGAGUGUCCGCAUUGCUUGCAGUGCAUUUCUAAAUGUUCAAAGUCAGUUGCACUUAAAAUAGUAUAUGAUAAAGAUGAGCCUGAAAGAAUUCCAUGAUUGAUGAAUGAAUCUAAAUGAAUCACAUUUUCUGUAAAAUACUACAUAUUAAAGGGCAAUGAGAACAUGAAUAUACGUUAAGAAUUUAAUGUUAUAACAACAGCGACUGCUUUUUAUUUAUUAUGAAGAAAUGUGAAACCUAAGUUCAUCCAAGGCUGGUGCUUGGAUGAACCACAAAUGUGUAUUAUGUUUCUCUUGCUACCUACAGUUAUUUACUAUAUCAUAUUUUCCCCAAAUAUUUAAUUCUGAAUCAUUCAAAUGCUACUCCACUUAAUGCACAUUAGCCACUGAUGAAGGAAUGCAACCUUUUGAUGACCUGUCAAACUAAACUACUGAAUGCCAAAAUGAAAAGAGGAAAAACAAAAAGAUAAAGGUUGCUUUAGUAUUGAGUGAACAAAAAAACAGAUGAAAUCUUUGGUGGAUGAAUCCAUCUUUUUUAAAUGGGGAAGUUGCACUUUUAAAAUAAUUUGACAACUAAAAUGAAAAAGCUAGCAAAGGCUCAAAUGUAAAGCAACUCCCAAGUAUUAUCUCCACAAAAUGAUGAUGAUUAUUUUUUUUUUUAAAUAUAUAUUCUCACAUUCUCAUAUUCUCCACAUUAGGUUGGGCCCUGAGCUAUCCAUUAAUUAUACUAUUGAAUUAUAUGUCGUCAUUGCUCUCUUUAAAUGAGUGUGUUCACUUAAUAUUUCACUGUCCUCCUACAUUGUUUUUCUUGCGAAAAUAAACACAAAAAGGUUUCCCAUAAUUAACUCAGCCAGUGUUGUGACUGCACCCAAACAACCACUAGAUGGUGCAAGAGGCCCAGAAAUCGGCAGUUUUUCGUCAUACAACUUUAGUGGAUAAUGACGACGGAACAGCUGAGGCACAAGUCUUAUUAUUAUUAUUAUUUUUAUUUAUCCUGUUUUUCUGUUUUAAAAAAAUAUCUAAUAAAAAGAAAUUGAUAAUGUUGUAUGGUUAUCGUCACACUUUCACCUUUUCCUCUGAUUUCACUUGUACCCAUCUUAAAAUUAAAUAACCAAAGAAAAAGCAAGUACAGUGAUGCCUUGCGAUACAAGUUUACAUUCUUCCGUGACCAUGCUGGCACAAAACAAAAAUUGCAUUUUUAAAAAUAAAAAAAGUACUAUAUAUUGUACUUGAUAAAAGCCUAUUGUAAUAACAUAAUUAAAUGGAAUGUAAAAAAAAAUUAACAAUUUGAGUAUCAUGAUUAAUUCAUUGCAGCUCCUUCUGGUGUGUACGGCUUAUCCACCAGUGGGCAGUGUAAUACAGUCAAGCAGACACAAACAAAGAAGAGUUCCACCACUACUAUAAGUGACUGUAAGCUGCUGAUGCACCGUUUGUGCUCAAAUAUCCGUUGCUUAAAGCAUUAUAACAUUGCUGCAUGUAUGCUGUUUGCUCGCACGUCUAUGGCGUUUUGGAUUGUUUGUUUGCAUUAAGCUCAGCGGAGAUUUUCUGUCUUAAAUGCGCAACCUGUAAUUCCCUUUGUUUUAUGUUUGUGGAGUGAGUUGAGUUCAGUGCCGCCACACAGCGCUUGUAUCUCGAGCGUUUGCAAGUCAAAGCAAAACAAACAAAAAACGCUACCUCCUCGCUCGAAAAAUACCCUCAAGUCGGGUCACUCGUAUCUCGAGGAACCACUCUGUGUCUGGUUAUCAUCACACUUUUCUUUUUUGGCAACACUGGUUCCCUUCUUAAUGUUAAAAAAAAGAAAAAGUAACUGAGAUGCAACGAUGUAUCGACAGCUAAUUGACACAUUAUUCAGUAGCGAGUGUUGGUGAUUCAUUAAUCGUUUAAAAACCUUGUUUCACUUAAAAUUAUCCAAAUCCUCUGAAUUUCAGUAUCUCAAGAAUACAUUUUAAAAAUUAUAUUUAUUAUGACAAUAAAGCAGCCGGCACGGUGGGCGACUGGUCAGCACAGCCGCCUCACAGUUCUGGGGACCGGGGUUCAAAUCCCGGCCCCGCCUGUGUGAAGUUUACAAGUUUCUCCGGGCACUCCGGUUUCUUCCCACAUCCCAAAAACAUGGCGGUAGGUUGAUUGAACACUCUAAAUUGCCCGUAGGUGUGAAGAUGAAUGCGAAUGGUUGUUUGUUUCUAUGUGCCCUGCGAUUGGCUGGCGACCGGUUCAGGGUGUACCCCGCCUCCCGCCUGAAGAUAGCUGGGAUUGGCUCCAGCACCCCCCGCGACCCUCGUGAGGAUAAGCGGUAAAGGAAAUGGAUGGACAAUAAAGCAGUAAAUAUUUUCAUAGUAACGUCAUAACAAAGCAUUGAUUAUCUUUU